GACAACUCGGGAGAACUCAAAAUCUCCGCUUAUGGCACAGAAACCGUUUUUUACGAGCUGUCAAGCGGCCGCCGUUGCAAAUAGGUUUAGAGGGAAACGUAAUUUGGGUGGAUAUUGCGUUGGUCUGUCAGGGGAUGAGGGUGGUUGGGUUGGUGUCAGGGGGGAAGGACAGUUGCUACAACUUGAUGAUGUGCAUGGAGGAUGGACACGAUGUCGUAUGCCUUGCUAAUCUGCAUCCACCAGAUGGUGACAAGGAGGAGAUGGAUAGUUAUAUGUAUCAGUGUGUCGCCCAUACAGGACUUCAGGUAUACAGUGAAGCUUGUGGCUUCCCCCUUUAUCGACGAGAAAUACGAGGAAGACCGAUAAAAACGGGAGCGUUUUAUGAAGUGACAGAUGACGAUGAAGUAGAAGAUCUAUAUGAGUUGCUUGUGUUCGUCAAGCAGAAACAUCCUGAUAUUGAAGCUGUUUCUAGCGGCGCUAUUCUGAGUAGCUACCAGAAAAAUCGCAUUCAAAAUGUAUGCCGGCGAUUGAAUUUGGAAUCAUUAACUUACUUGUGGAAUGCUGAUCAAGCUGUGCUGUUCAAUGAAAUCAUUUCGUCCGGAAUUGAAGCAAUUGUUGUUAAAGUGGCUGCAUUAGGUCUCUCAGUAAAACAUCUUGGACAACCCUUAAUCGAGAUGAAAGACCUUCUGUUGGACCUCAGUAACCGAUACGGUGUUCAUAUAUGUGGUGAGGGAGGUGAAUACGAAACGUUCGUUGUGAACUGUCCAUUUUUUAAGAAACGGAUUAUUGUAGACGAAGCAAAAAUUGUGGAGCAUUCUGUGAAUAAUUGUGCAGAAGUGGCCUAUCUUUCUCUUUCUAAAUUACAUCUUGAAAAUAAAUGACUUUAAACUGAUUGAUGUCGCCCUAAUUACUCCUUGGAGAAAAGACCACAGAAUUAAGUUGCUAUAAAUUAGACUCAAGGCGUCAGUACUCGUUCCAUCAAUUCUGUUCACUUUUAAAGUGAAUGAAUUUUGCUCAGGUGGGCAUGAUUAUCUGGAUAAGAAGUCCCAAGUCACAUCCUCAAAGUUCAGAAUGGCACUGUUGCAUUCCCUA